AUGGUGGCAGCGGCGGUGCCGGUGCCGCCAGCCCCUCUGCUCUGCCCAUGCCUCUUUGGGCCUCUUUGUCUAUACUUGUGGCCAGGCUGGGCAGGCGGCUACCACCGCGUGCGCGCUGGAGAGAAGUUCAAGGAUGGGCGCUACACCGUGCUGCACAAGCUGGGGUGGGGCCACUUCUCCACGGUGUGGAUGGUGCGGGACGAGCAGACGGGGGAGUUGGGGGCGAUGAAGGUGGUGAAGGCUGCGGCGCACUACAGCGAGGCGGCGCGCGACGAGAUCACGCUGCUGUCCCAGAUUGCGCAGAACGACCCGGAGGACCGCCACUACUGCUGCCGCAUGGUGGACCAGUUUGAGCACAGCGGGCCGCACGGCCGCCACGUGUGCAUGGUGUUUGAGGUGCUGGGCGACAACCUGCUGACGCUCAUCAGGCUGUACGACCACCGCGGCAUCUCGCUGCCCGUGGUGCGCCACCUGGCUCGCCAGGUGCUGGUCGCGCUGGACUACCUCCACACCCAGUGCCACAUCAUCCACACAGGCGCGCCCCCGGGCCCCGUGCAUGCGGUGGUGGCGGGCCGAGGCAGGCCGGGCACCAGGGCCGCCGCCGCCCCUCUGCUGCGCCUCGGCGUGGCUGCCAACCUGAAGCCCGAGAAUGUGAUGCUGACUGAGCCGGUAAAGCCGCGCCGCUCCUCGCCCAGCCAGCCCGACGCGCCGGGCGGCGGCGGCGGCCCGCUGCUCGCGGCGCCCGCCCCCGCCGGCCGGCCCAGCAAGCUGGAGGCGGUGGUCAUCCUGGGCGCCGGCUACGACGCCUCCGCCGACAUCUGGAGCCUGGCCUGCAUGGUGUUUGAGCUGGCCACGGGCGACUUCCUGUUUGAGCCCAAGGCGGGACGGGAGUACAGUCGGGACGAAGACCACCUGGCGCAGAUGAUCGAGCUGCUGGAUCACAUCCCUCGCUCCGUGGCCACCACCGGCCGCUACGCGCGCGACAUCUUCAGCCGCGAGGGCCGCCUGCGCCACAUCCACCGCCUCAACUACUGGUCGCUGGAGCGGGUGCUGGAGGAGAAGUACAAGUUUGGGAGGGAGGAGGCCCGCAGCUUUGCCGACUUCCUCAUGCCUAUGCUCAAUUUCGUGCCCAGCAAGCGUGCCACGGCGGGGCAGAUGCUGCAGCACCCCUGGCUGCGCGGCGAGUCCGCGCCCACGCGCACUGGCGGCGGCGGCGGCGGCGGCGGCAGGCGCAGCCUGGAAGGCCGCUCCCAGCAGCAGAAGCAGCGCAGCCACGAGCGCAGCCGCAGCAGGAGCCGGUCAGCCAAGCGCAGCAGGUCUCCCUCACCCACGCCGCCGCCCGGGUACCGGCACCACAGCCCCGACGCGCCCGCGGGCACCCACCCGCCGCGCCAGCAGCCCUCCUCGCAGCCCGGCGCCCGCGCCGGCAGCCUCUCCAGCAGCGGCAUGUCGGCGGGCACGCCCCCGCUGCCGCCGGUGGCGGCCCUCGACCUCACCGCCUCCACAGUGCUGGUCACGGCUGGCGGCGGCGGCGGCAGGACGGGGCCCGUGUCGCCCUCGCUGUCGCCCAGCGCCGCCGCCGCCGCCGCCGCGGCGCUGGCCAAGCACCAGCUGACGGGGCGCAAGUCUUGCGACUCCAACAGCAGCGGCCAGAGCUGGGAGCUGGUACCCGGGGAGGGCGGCAGCGGCGGCGCCGUGUCGCCCGCGUGACGAGGCGCCACAUGAUGGGCACCGCCCGCACGAAGAAUAAGGCCCUUGCGCACCUCUACACCCACCUCCCUCCCUCUUAACGACGCGCUGUGUUGCUGCGAGGCAGCCGCAGUGCAGCUUCCCCGCUAUUGACUGCUCUGUGCCUACUGUUUUGCUCUUUGCUCCUGCUGUGUACUCUACGCUGCGCUACAUUCAUGUGGCUCCCACCCUCGCCUCCACUUCUGGGGCACUGCAACUAGUGCUGCCCUGCCAGCCGCCGUCAUCAACACUGCGCUCCUUUACCUGUUUUUGUUUUGACUCGCAAUGCCUUUCUUCCCUCACUUUUGACAUCCCUGCGCCCCGACUCGCACACGCUACCUACCUGUCAGGCGGCUGCGUUACGUGCAACUGGCAACCCUUC